UUAGCUCUGAUGCUAAAGUCAAACAAUGCUGUGUCAUUAAUUAGUCCGAUAAUAAUUCAGUUUAUGGGCCGUGACAAUUACUAGCCAGUUAGCUAACGGCUAGUUAGCCCUGCUAGCUGCGAUACCAACAUCAGCAACACCAACAGCAGCAGCUGUCAACACUGAAUUCCUGCGUAUCCUCAGCAGCACGCACGGUUUCGCCGCAAAAACGGCACUUUAGAAGAAAUUCAAAUGGAGACAAACGCACCGAAAAGACGAGACAAUAAAAAAUCUCUGCGUGUGAAGGUAAUAAGCCUUGGAAAUGCCGAAGUCGGAAAGAGCUGCAUCAUCAAACGCUACUGUGAGAAGAGGUUUGUUCCCAAGUAUUUGGCCACUAUUGGUAUUGACUAUGGCGUCACCAAAGUGCAGGUUCGCGACAGAGAAAUAAAAGUGAACAUCUUUGACAUGGCCGGACAUCCUUUCUUUUAUGAAGUGCGUAAUGAGUUUUAUAAGGACAGUCAGGGGGUGCUGCUGGUUUAUGAUGUCGGCCUCAGGGAGAGUUUCGACGCUCUCGACAGCUGGCUGGGAGAGAUGAAGCAAGAAAUGGGCUCGCAGGCUAACAUGGACAGCAUCGUGUUCGUCGUCUGCGCCAACAAGGUGGACCUGACGAAGCGGCGGGUGGUGGAUGAGGGGGAGGGCCGUCUGUGGGCGGAGUCCAGAGGGUUUCAUUACUUUGAGACAUCGGCACAAAGCGGAGAAGGCAUCAAUGAGAUGUUCCAGGCGUUCUUCUCCUCCAUCACCGACAUGUGUGAAAAUGGCGGGAAGCGUCCGGUGUCGGAGGUCAGUGUCGGCUUCACCAAAGAGCAGGCAGACACCAUCCGACGUAUCCGAAACAGCAAGGACUCAUGGGAUAUGUUGGGUGUGAAACCCGGGGCCACACGGGAGGAGGUGAACAAGGCGUACAGGAAGUUGGCGGUCCUGCUGCACCCGGAUAAAUGUGUCGCCCCUGGCAGCGAAGACGCCUUCAAAGCCGUGGUGAACGCUCGCACCUCACUGCUGAAGAACAUUAAAUAACACAGUAACACACAGCUGAAACCUCUCAGAGCUCGGACCUCCGUCACUCAGACAUGGACUGAAGAGUCAUACUCAGCCGUACGAACAGUGUUUAUUUAUUGGUAUAUUUAUUUAGCGUAAAGGUCUUGUGUGCCAUGUUGCUUGCCACAGUGCUGUAUGCCAACCUAAUGUCUGGUUUAUGACCAGUUUUAACUUAUUUACUACAUUUUAUCUCUAAACUCGUGUGUGUGUUAAUGAGAGAGAGAGCGAGAGAGAGUAUGGAAGAUGAUGAGGGCCACAUGAGAAAAUUAAAUUGAGUUCUGAAUCAAACUUGAAAUGAAUUCUGAGAUUGAAAAUGACAAAAUUAAGUUAAAAUUCUGAAGUUUCCGUCAGACUUUUUAGAUUUAGAUAAAAAUUUCAAACUCCAAGUUUUAAGUCUGAAUUCUGAGGCUUUUUAGUUUUACUCAGACAUUUGAGAAUAAAGUCUGAGACAUCAGACAGGUCAAAAGUUAAAACUCUAAGACUGCAGUUAGACUUCUUAAAUUACAGUGUCAGAAAUUUGAGUUUAAAAUCCAAAUACUGAGAAAAGAAAAGGUUAAAAUUCUUAGAAAAUCAGAACGUUUAGGAGAAGGUUUAAUUCUGAGAAUAAAGUUAUAAUUUAAAGAUUAAAGUCUUUAAAGAAUUUUUAGGUUGAUGUCAAAAUUGAAACAAAACUCAAAUUCAGAGAUUAAAGUCAGAGAUUAAAGUUUGAUUAUAUAAUAAGAAUCCUGAGAUUAGAGUCACAAUCUUUAGAUUAAUGUCAACAUUAUAAAUGUCAGUGUCAAAAUUAAAAGAAAAAAUUAAAAAAAAAAGUUACAAAAUUCUCAAAUGUCAGAAUUUUCUGAGGUAAAACUGUAAGAAUCAAAUAAUAAUUCAGCUAUAAUUUAGACCUUUUCCUUUGAUUCUGAUUAAUGUCAGAAGUCUUACAUUUUUCUUUGUUUCACAUUGGCCUUCAUUCUUUUCUACAUGUUGACGUGUGGUUUUGAGUUAAGUGUGUGUGUGUGUGCGUGUGUAUGCGUGUGUGUGUGUUUGUAUGGCCAGGUUAACAUCUUCCUUCUUCCUGUUGAUGUUGAAGACAUCAGUAGAGCGGCAGGUCAAAGGUCAGUGUUCAACCUGAUUUCACAGUAAAGAAACAAAUCCAGUCAGUGAAGGUACGAACUACUUUGGUAAAAGUCGAGUAAUUCUGAAUGAAUGCGACUUUAGAUUCACAUUUCACAGCCUUUAAAGUAAAGAGUUCACUUCCUAAAGCUCAGACUCGUCCUGUGUGUGUAACGUUACUACACUUUCUCAAACUCAUUUUAAAGCCUGGUUGCCAAAUCAGUCAAAGUUAAAGGUGUGAUGUUCAAUAUUAAAACAACUCUCACAUGGUCAAACCUGCCAACUCCUCAGCCCGAACGUCCCCAUACCAACACUCAGUUUUCUACUGAUGACAUCACCAGUCCCUUAGUGAUGAUUGGUCGAUGCAGCUACGGCACCAAACCAGUCUAAAGCCAAGAGGUCUAAAGAGAAAGAACUACCAACCUACCUGGUCGGGAACCGGUCAUGUGCUGUUUACUGAAGGGGGGGGUUAAUUAACUUGUUCCUUCUAUUGUCAACUGUCCAUAGGAUCAAUUAUAUUUUUUAGUUCCUUUAAAUUGUUCAUUUCUGCCCUUAAAUACUGUUUUUAGUCAAAUCCAUGAUUUGUAAACUUAAAUGAACCUUUAGUGACGGCUCUGUGCCUCCUGACGUUUGUGUUCUUUUAUUCAUAUGUUUCAGAUCCAUAAUGUCAUCCAUUAAGUAGAAAUAUCAUCACUUUAGUUUGUAACAUCCUCAAAAUGCAAAUUUAUUCAAGUUGAGAUGUUCUUUCAAAAUACUUAUUUGUGCCCUCGAAUAGAACCUUUAUCCUCAUAACACAGAAACUAACUUUUUCCUUGAAAUAAUCCUUUUUUUUUCCUGAAAUAUGUUGCGUUUUCCUCAACACACCAAACAAUAUCAUUUAACUUCACAUCUAACCCUGUUUUUUCCCUUAAAACUCGCUGUUUGAUCAGAAAACUGUAAAUAAGCAGCUGUAUUUUGUCUUCCACCCGGUCACUCCAUGAUAAUGUCCUUACCUGAACAAGAACGUUUCCAUGGUGAUGAUAAUGGGAUGUUUUUCAUUGGGGUACUGAACUAAAAGAAAAACUUUUUAUUUAUGUCCAUCCCUCACUGAAACAGAAUCUGAAAAAAGUGUUUGUUACUGUAAAGAACUGACAGGCAGCAUGAAGAUAUGUCAUCACAGUUUUAUAUUUUUACAUACGUGUAUCCACGGUAACAAACAAAUGCACAGACUGAGCUUCCACUUGUUACUUUAAUGUGAUUUUUAUGUUUUUAAAUUGAUUUUUAUUGUGUAUUGUGUAUUAUUUACAUUAUGGUUAGCACUUGUUUUUCCACCUAAAGACCACAUUUCCCAUCAGCCCAGUUGCUUUGUCUGUAUUAAUAUUUACUGAUGGCAGUAAAAACAAAUUUAAAUGAA